GGCCUUCCUGUGCCGACAGAGGACAGUAGUCGUUCAUCAACUCCAGCAGACUAUGCCCGUCUUGGAGUUCUGAGCGUCCUGUCGCUAUGCAUAUUAAUUGUUUGGUAUUGGUCCGUUGUCAUUUCUAUUGGAUCGAGCUCCAAACAGCUACU